ACACUCAAACGUAGUUACGCAGUUACGUAGUUACUUAGUUACAUAGUUACAUAGUUACUUCGUUACGCACUUCCACACAUGGAGCCUUAACUACCCCCUCGCUGGCCAACACAUGCAUCGCGCAGAUCGCCCACACUCCGCCUGACGAACAAUGGCCCAAGAUUGGAAAAACACAAUUUUGCAACGCAUGAAACGGAGGAACGCAGCGCAGAGCCAGAGAUACGAAGAAGUACUAACCUCGUACAAUUCCCUUGUGGAUGAAAAAAACAAACUGACAGCCAUCAUCGCAUCGUUCACAUCAGAAAAUGUGUUCUUGCUGAAUGGCAAACAUUUGGGCAACUCACUUUCCAAUCGGGAAAAUUUCAUUCCCAACAUUUUGAACCACUGCUAUACGCAGCGUGAGGAUUACGGUGGAGACAGUGUUACAAAUCGGGACAUCUCACUCAGCGUAGCGUCGGCGAAUGAUGGCACCACGGAGGGAUCCCCAGGAGGGGCAACCCCGUCAGGAGCUACGGCCAAAACGCAGGACAGCCUCACAACAAAUGGAGUCUCCAAAGGGGAAUUCCUCCAAGUCAUUAAGGAAAAGGCAAAAGCAGACGAAAUGAUACUUCUCCUGAAAAACGGCCUAUAUGAAAAAAAAAAAAUCCUCAACAUUUUAAAAAAACAAAAUAAAACGUUGAAUGACGCACUUGUGAAAAAGGAACAACAACUCAAUGACAAAAAGGAAAAGUUAUGCAAACUGCAAAACGUUCUUAGUAGACAAAAGAAGGACAUCAAAUUGUACGCCAGCUCUAACGUAUCCCUUAAGAGGAAAAUCAAUUUGAGCCAAAAGAAAAACCAAAAAGUAAUGAACGAAUUCGACGCAAUCAGACUCUCCUAUUUCAAAAUAUGGAAAGAAGCCUUCCAACUCAAAACGUGCAAAAAGAAUCUCGAGAAGGAGUACUUUGCCAUCAGAAAUGAGUUACUACAGAAAAAAAUAGAAAAUGAAAAACUCCUUGAGUGUCUAUUAAAAAUUAAGAAAGCGUACAGACGUCAGCUAAGCAAAGUGCACAGACAUAUGCGAAAUCGUAAGGCCAGUUAUUCCCUCCUUUCAGAGAAAAGCAAAACGCCCAAAGGGAGGUUUCCUAAAAAACAGAAAUUUUUUUUAACCCUCUACUGGGACAAACUACACUACAUGCAUGGCUAUCAUAGCUGUGGGGAACCUCGGGCGGAUACUCACCAUUCGCAUGGUAAGAACAACAUUUUUGCAAAAAAAAAAAACAAUUUGUUAGCCAUACUGGGUAGAAGUAGUACCCAUGCUGAAGAGCUGCCCCCCCGUCAGGACAUUCCCCACGGGGAGAAGUCCCAAUGGGGGGGAAACGCACCCCCGUCGGAAGCACCACAUGCAAGUGGGAAAAGCAAAUACAGCGUUUUGCGAGAGGAUGUGGAGGUAGCACACAAUAAGGGUUCCUUUUUUCAAAACGGUGGGGAAAACCACAGCCACGUGGGCGCGAUGAAUCUCCGAAAUGGCUGCCGUGCGAAUGGAAGAUGCCAUUCCCCGUCAAAUGAUCGAACUCAAUUCGUUAGCAACGGUUUACGUAGACACCGUUUUCAGAAGAUAAAGGGACGCCUAAAUGUGCACACGAGCAGCAGUGUCCUCUGCGUUAGCGCCUUCCCGGGAGGAUGUCCCCAGGUAGAUUCACACCAACAUGUGAGGGCAAAAUGGGGGGGAAGGCACCCCGGCUGUCCCUCCGAUAGUGAGAACCAGUUGAGCUCAUCAAGGGUAACAAAUCGUGGUGCGAGUGGAACGUCGCCAGUUUUCUACAACAACGACUGCGGCAGUGAUGUGGACAUCGUUAGCGGGGGUAGCGGCGUUGGCCGUGCUAGCAGCGUUCGUGGCGGUGGAGACCACUCCGAGCUGAGGGACCCCCGGCCGGCCGCCAUGCCUGCGGCUUGGGUUGCACACCCAAAUGACACGCUCGUCACCUGCGCAGAGGACGGAAGCGUCGCCUUUGUAAAGAUAGAAAAAAACAAGCUGACCUGCAUCAAACGUUUCCAGAUAGCUGCCCAGAAAAUCGCAGCCACCAAUGUGUGCGUACACCCCUCCAGCAGAUACUCCCUACUCUCCCUAAGCAGCCAUGCCAUCUGCUUAGUAAAUAACGAAAGUAGCGAAGUUGAAAAGUGGUACCACGCCCAUGACGAAAAAAUAACAUCGCUUCAUUUUCUGCACCAUCUCAGUUACGAAAAGGAGCUCUCCCCAAGUGGCUCCCCAACAGAGAGCCCUUUUUUUUACUCAACCAGUUUAGACAAAACGGUAAAAUUUUUCCACAUGGAAAGGGGAAGUCUGUAUAGCUUACUUUGCGUAAACGAUGCGAUUACCUGUUCGUGCAAAGCAAACAAGCAGCCACUUGUCCUGAUUGGGACGCGCUCCGGUUCAGUCAUAUGCUACGAUGUGAGAAUCCACAACAGAGGCGUAUCCCAGGCCGCAUUAUAUCAAAAGAACAUUUUUGACGAUGCAAUUUCCGGUGUGAGUUACUCCCCAGAUGAUCGACUAAUAGCAAUACAGUCCAUCGGGGGGAAAACCAAAUUGCUAAACGCAAAUAAAAUUAAUUUUUUUCAGUGCCUCGAAAAUCCAGAUUUUUUAAAAAAUGAAAGUCCCACGUGUGCCCCUGUUUUCUCGGCUGACGCGAAUGAGCUGAUUUGCACCUUCCCCUACACCUUAAUUGCGCACGAUGUCGUGACGCAUUCUUACGCCAGCGUUGUUAACGACGAGCUUGGCCAAGUGAACGGCGCGCACUGGCUGCCGGGCGGCAGCCUCUGCACAAUUCACGCGGACGGGAACGUCGCCAUUUGGUGA